ACUAUCUUUUCCCCUGCCACCAUAAUCUAAAACAAAAACAUUCCAAUCAUAUAUCAUCAACCGCCGGCCAUGACAACAACCACCAUCGCCACCACUUUCCUCCUCCACAAACCACCACAUCACCACCACCACCACAAUUCCCAAACCCAAUUUCCCUCCAAACAAAAACCAAUAAAAAUAAUCUCUGCCAUCCAUGCAACAUCAUCAACACAAAACAAAUGGUCACCAGACAGCUGGACAACAAAACCAGCAUUACAAAUCCCAGAAUACCCAGAUGCUAAUGAGCUUGAAAAUGUGUUGAAAACAUUGGAAUCGUACCCGCCAAUUGUGUUUGCAGGGGAGUGUAGAAAGCUUGAAGAGAGGUUAGGAGAGGCUGCACGUGGGGAUGCUUUUUUGCUUCAAGGUGGAGAUUGUGCUGAAAGUUUCAAAGAGUUUAAAACUGAUAAUUUGAGAGAUACUUUUAGGUUGUUGUUGCAAAUGGGUGUUGUUCUUAUGUUUGGUGGUCAGAUGCCUGUUAUUAAGGUUGGGAGAAUGGCUGGCCAAUUUGCGAAACCUAGAUCAGACUCAUUUGAGGAGAAAGAUGGAGUUAAGUUACCAAGUUACAGAGGUGACAACAUAAAUGGUGAUUCAUUUGACGAAAAAUCAAGAAUUCCAGACCCUAAUAGAAUGAUUCAAGCUUACACUCAAUCAGUUUCUACCCUUAACAUAUUAAGGGCUUUUGCCACUGGAGGCUAUGCGGCUAUGCAGAGAGUUAAUCAGUGGAAUCUUGAUUUCACUGAGCAUAGUGAACAGGGAGACAGGUACCGGGAAUUGGCUCACCGGGUUGAUGAGGCGAUGGGAUUUAUGGCUGCUGCUGGACUCACAAUCGAUCACCCUAUCAUGACAACUACCCAGUUUUGGACGUCUCAUGAAUGCUUGCUUUUGCCUUAUGAACAAGCACUUACUAGGGAAGACUCUACAUCAGGCCUUUAUUAUGAUUGCUCAGCUCACAUGGUUUGGGUCGGUGAACGUACACGCCAACUUGAUGGUGCACAUGUUGAAUUUUUAAGAGGAGUUGCAAAUCCUCUUGGCAUCAAGGUGAGUGAUAAAAUGGAUCCAAGCCAACUCGUAAAGCUCAUUGAAAUCUUAAAUCCACAUAACAAACCUGGAAGAAUCACCAUCAUUUCGAGGAUGGGAGCUGAUAACACAAGAGUGAAGCUUCCUCAUUUGAUCAGAGCUGUCCGUGGUGCCGGUCAAAUUGUCACUUGGGUUAGUGACCCAAUGCACGGAAACACCAUCAAAGCUCCGGUUGGGCUUAAAACUCGUUCUUUUGAUGCCAUCAGGGCUGAGGUGACAGCAUUUUUUGACGUCCAUGAUCAAGAAGGAAGCUACCCAGGUGGUGUUCAUCUGGAAAUGACUGGCCAGAAUGUGACCGAGUGUGUUGGGGGUUCACGGACAAUCACUUACAAUGAUCUGAGCUCACGCUACCACACCCAUUGUGACCCACGGCUAAAUGCUUCUCAGUCCUUGGAACUUGCCUUCAUCAUCGCAGAGCGUCUCAGGAAAGGAAGGCUCAGACGUGGUAUUAGCACAGCUACUGCUGGUUUUAUACGUUAGACGAGGUUCCUCCCUGGAUAGUUAUAAAAGGAUGUCCUUGGUUUCAAUUAAGUAUAAGAAUAACAGGUAAUGAAGGAUAUGCACGACAAGAAGAAAGUAUGUUUUGGUGUUUUUCCUUGAGUUAUACUCGUAUAGUUAUUAAUAUUACUAUAUCUUUUGAGUUAUAGAAAGGUUUUGUGUGUUAUUAUAUACUAUCUAGGACAAUUAAAUGUCAACACGAGUCGAGUUGGGUUGAUCUAUUAACAUUUGUCCGAUUGUUUAUUUAUUUUUAUAAUUUUGUUGACGAUUAAACUAUAAAGUAUGUUUAGAAAGUUGUAUGAUUACAAUUAGAA